GGUUUAACGAGGAAACCUUCCAACUAGUGUCUCUUUGCGUAACUAGCAAUGGACUGUGGCACACUAUCGUCAAGUUGUAAACGCUGUUAAAGACAUUUGUUUGGGCUAACAGCAUUACGCACGGGUUCAAGUUCAGUUCAAGUGACGCACUUAAGUUGUUGCCAUGCCGACUGAAGGGGAUCCCACUGACUUAGUUAAAGUCCUUCACCUGUUGGUGCUCUCCUUCACCUGGGGGAUGCAGGUCUGGGUAUCAUUUAUUGCAGGGUUUGUCCUGGUGUCUCAGGUAACGCGGCACACCUUUGGCCUUGUGCAGAGCAAGUUGUUCCCGGCCUACUUCUUCUGCCUCCUGGGGAGUCACUUUGUUAACCUGGCCAUAUAUGCUGUGUACCACCCCAGAGACAUGCUGGACUGGCACGAGGGAGUGCAGAUGAGCCUCUACUUCGUGGCGUUGAUCAUGGCGGGCCUGAACGCACACUGGUUCGGCCCGGAUGCCACCGUGGCCAUGUUCGAGAUGCGUGGCAUCGAGGAGGAGCACGGCCUGGGCAACGAGGUGGGCAUCAGCGUCAACAAGGAGGGGUACGCCAAGAUCCGCGACAAGGACCCCAAGUACAAGGCGCUCAGGAGCACCUUCUUCCGCUACCACGGCCUCUCCAACCUCUGCAACCUGGUGGGAUUCAUCUGCACCACCACCAACCUCAUCUACCUGGCGCUGCACCUCCACACCAUAUAAGACCAUCACAGAGCUCCCUAACUAACGGCCCGUUCUCACCGUAGACAUACUGUAUAGAAAUACACAUGUCUAGAAGAGAAAUUGUAAAUGUGAACCUGAAUAGCAUUUUUCUAUCUGCUGGGAGCUAAUAGAGCCGCGGCAUAUUUAACAAAAAAUGCACUACAUCUUUCACACUUGUUGGUAAAAUAUAGUCAGACUGACAAAAAGUAUAUUUUUGAAAUGUUAAAAAAAUGUUUCAUCAUUUCAUGCAACACUAUGAUAAUGAGUUCUGCCUUCCUGUCCCCCUCCAUGACAGACUUAAGUAUAGCUACAGGUAUGUCUGAAAUGGCUGUAGAAGAGCCAUGCCCUCGACUGCAAUGUACGUUUCUCACACUCAAAGACCAUUUCUAAAAAUAAUUUGGAGUUUGGAGCACAACCUUUCUUUUCAGCUGUUUGUCUCCGGAGAAGCACAGAGCACUGUUGCCUUAACAUUAGCCACGCACAUCAUUGUUUGAUAGUGUUGGAUGUUGGGAGUUGAUUUUUAAAAACAUAUUUUACAGUUUGCAUUUCCUCAAUCUGUACAACCUUCAUGCCUUACUGCCACCACCAUUGCUUUGGAUUUAGCCUGUGUUCUAUAGCUUUUUCUUUGCAUGUUUAAGAGUGUUUUAAUUUACAGGAGUCACAUGAAACACACUAGACAGAGUAAGUUUUCCACAUAGCGGAAGUGUUUUCUCCAACCGCAGAGGGAUUGCAAUAUCAAACUGAGGGUUGCAAUCAUUUUCUGACAUCUUCCCCUGUAUUGUAAUCCUUGUGCAUUGUAUGGGGAUAGAAAGUCAGAAAAGAAAACUCUCCUCCUCUCACUGUCCAUGUAUGCAGUUAAUGGACAACAUUUUGGUCCUCAAAACAGACCGAAGGUCUAACAUGUCACCUAGUGAAAUGUUUAAGUGUGUCAUGGAAAAUCUGAAGGCGUUCUAUCCAAAAAACUGCGUGGCCUGUUGUCAUCCUCAGUACAUCUGAACAUCUGCACAUUGUGCAAACGCCACUCUUGUCGGACAGAUUAUUUUCUAGUCACACCCUUCAUUUACAACACUUCAUUAAGAAGAUUUCAGUAGACAAAGGAAGAGCAAGCAGAGAACAAGCAGCAGCACUAGUCAUGUUUAAGCACACCCCAAAUAAAUCUUGUGUAAUGAUGUAAGUGUAAAACACCUAUACGCAUAAAUGGUCUUUUCUAAACAUGCACAUUCCAGGAACAGUUUAAUUGUGUCUUGUUACUCAUGAGGGAACAAGCUGGGCUGCAUACCGUCCCUCGUGGCAUUACAUAAAUUACAUUAAAAUUAGAUAUUUUAAAGGUGCACCGUGUAAUAUAUUUUAAUAGUUCAUUUUCAGAAUACAUGCUGCCCAUUCACAAAUGUUACUUUUCAAUCUUUAUCAUCAAAUUCUAAGUAGGCCUAUUCAAUAUGACUUGGAAAAUUGCACUUUUCAUACAUGAAAAGAGGGAUUUACUCCAUGGUCUGCCAUUUUGAAUUUCCAGAAAUAGACAUUUUAAGCUGUGUUUUGGUCAUACUAGUAAAUACUAAUUUAUUACUCAGUAAAUAUUCAUGAACAGAUCAAAUUUGGAACUAGACAGCACAAUUUCAAUUACAAGCAUACAGUAGUUGCAAUACCUGUUCUGGCCACAUCUUACACAGUGCACCUUUAAAAGUGGCUUUUGUUUUACAAUUUUGUACAUAGGUACCGUAUGCAAUUAUACAAAUGUCUGCUAUGAACAGGGAACCCACAAUAGAUCCUCUGUUGUGAAGGUGUUAACUCCUCCAGAGUGACUUAUCAAUGUCAUAAGACCCUUCAUAUUUUUGGAAAAUAAAAUGCAUUUGCAAUAAAUUGUCUGCUGUAAACAGUU